AUGGUUUUAAUAACGGAGAAAGAAAGUGAAGUUGGAAAACUUCAAGAGAAUGGAGUUGCCAGAGGUAUGGGACCAGGAAAAAUUGAACUUGGGACCGACAAAACAAAUAUGGACACACCUCUCGUGUCUUUCACUGAGGCCGACAAGGACUGUGAAGAUGAUGAGGAACCGGGGGAAUAUGACGGAGCCGAAAUUGAUUACACACGGAAUUACUGGGAAGAUGAGGACGAUAUUUACCAGGAGUUUGAGGAAUUGGACUUUGAAGCUUUGUCAGAUAACUCGGACACCAGGAGCAUUGCAUCUGACGAUUCCUUCUACCCGCUUGACACUUCAGUGGGAUCUGACGGUUUACGUUCCCCGUGUCGUGAGAGCCCAGAGCCAAUCUCUUUCUUUAAGGCCUGCUGCAAUAACAACACCAUCAUCGUCAAGAUCAUGAUUAGACAAGGACUGACUGAGGAGGAAGUUCAGGAGACAGACAGAAACCGAAGAUCUGCAUUGAUUGUGGCGUGUUAUCACGGAUAUGUGGACGUGGUCAUCGCCCUAGCUCAGUGUCCUUAUCUUGAUGUCAACUGGCAGGAUAAUGAGGGUAACACUGCCCUUAUUACAGCUGCACAAGCAGGCCAUGUGUUCAUCUCUCAUUACCUGCUGAACUACUACCCUGGACUGGAUAUUGAGAGGAGAAACUGUCAUGGUUUCACAGCUUUAAUGAAGGCUGCAAUGCAGGGUCGAGCUGACACUUGUAGAGCACUCAUGCUGGCUGGAGGUGAUGUACAAGCCAGGGACAACGGUCGCAUGAUGACCCCACGGGAGUGGGCUCUCUUUACUGGCCGCUAUGAAACUGCUCAGAUGAUGCAUCAAGUCUUGUUGAGGCCGUGUGCAGAGCAGUUCUGUGACUCAUUCAACAUGGAGUGGCCCAUGCUGGAGGAUCUGGUUGCCAAGGCCGAAGAACCAAAGCCCUGCUGGAAGCGUUUUAUCAACCUUCUGUCCUGUUGCCCUUAUAUAUUUUACCUUAACAACAAGGUCAACCCUGUGGAUGAUGGUGUACUAGAGCACAUGGUCCGGAUCACUACUAGCCUCGGCAGUCCAUUCAUUGCAACGGCCUGCCGGACCGUGUGUCCAGGAAGUCCUCCGUGCAUUGGGAAACGACGCUACGCAGUACAAGAAAUUCUCAGGAGGCAACGGUUGGCUGAGCUGAAACACCUCGGCCCAGAAAGGCUCAACACCUACAAGAAAUUCUUUCAGAACUCAAGGGUGCUCCUCAUCCCCAAGGCGAGGGAUCGGCGGGCUAGCCUACAGCCUCAGCUGCUGAACGACAUGGCUGUUGCAUCCACAGUGGCCAUAAGGCGGGCGAGUCUGCUCCCUCUUCAUUUGCUGAGGCGGAGUAGUGUGCGACCAGGUAUUGUGAUACCAAAAGUCAGACUCUGCAAGGCCCCAGCACCAAGUUUUAAACCAGAAAAGCUCAAACGGAGUAAUAACUAUAACCAGCUCCAAAUUCCAAAGUGGGAUUACAAGAUGAAGCGGGUAGAAAGAAAGAGGGAGGAACGACUGUUACCGCCGACAAGGCGAAGAUGA